AUGUCGACCUCUACCAGAAACCACCUGCACGCCAUCUACACCUCCCCUCAACCCUCCACCCAGACCCAGACCUUCCAACACGACCUUUCCCCAGCCCCGGUACCCUCCAACACGUCGUCCAAGGUGGCCUAUCUGGGAGAACUGAGACAGUUGGUUCCGAAAUUGCAGGACGAAAUCAAUGUGUUCCUGACGGAGCGCAUGGAAGAGGAUAAGAAGGCUGCGGAGGCACAAGGGAGGAAGGAAUCGGAGAAAGAAGCCAAGGAGGAAGAAAACUAUGGAGAGGAAAAUGUGGAGGAGGAUGCUUGA